CUCCCGCAGCAACCGGCUCUCGUGUGAGGAAAGCAUGUGUGCCCCGACUGUCACAACCGUCAAAGUCAAUGCUGUGCCUGCCCUCGUGGGCUUUCGCAAGACGAUUUCGAAGGGUCUGGGCAUAUACAGACAAGAAGCAAGCAGCAAACGACACAGAGCUGGGCCAACAGCUGUGGAUUGCGCACCCCCAACACCACGCCUCUGCUAUUGGGUCAUCACUGCUACACUUUUCAGGCAUUGUUCUUCCCUUGGACAACGCCAAAAUGCUAACUGCAAGGAGCGUGGAGAAACCAUUGGUGCUUCAGCUCAGAGUGUAUUUCAACUACGAUGUGCAGUACCUGCUACCAAUGUUUGUUAGAAUUCCUACAAUGCCGUUUUGGACACAUCAGCCAUGAAAGAGGAACAAGGCACCCCCAAUGGUAAACAAGAUUAAGUGGCAUGCCUGUUCGCCUUCUAUCACUCCUCUGCAAACUGGGGUAAAGCUGAAAGAUAGGUAUCCCUUUAGCCCUUCCUUAGUCUGCAAUUUGGUACUGAUUAUUUCUAUUUGGUCCACAUUUCCCAAAAUUUCAUACUCUUAACCAUUUACCAUUCUGCUAUUUGUGCCACCAUGUUGCUAUUGUGCUAUGCCCUAUUUGUGAGUCUUGAUCUUGUUCCUUGCAUCUCCUUUCACAUGUGUUAGUUAGGAUAAGCUGACUACUACAGGGUUAGGCACAACAGACAUACUUCUGUGCUUUCACGCACUUUGUCUACGCAUGUGCAUCGUGCUUUUUCAAGUGCACAGAUUCAAACUGUGUGUUGGGCACUUCAGUUUACACAUCAAUAUGUCUUGUCUCUUCUUAUGCCUUACACUC